AUGGCCCAACACCAAGAGCUUAAGAGAAAGGUAGAUGUUCUUGAACUGCCGAAAAAACAUGAUACUCCACCUCUUGUUUCUAUUGAAGUGCCCAAGAUGUGUGACCUUCCUAACAAGUCCGAGCCUUGGAACGAUGAUUGGCUCCCAGUUGACAUUCUUUUGUUGACCGUGGAGGACUGUGAGUUCUUAGCAUGUUACGCUUUCAUGAAAAAUCGCUUUAAAAGUUAUCACAAAGACCUUGGAAUUGUUUACUUUGGAAACGUGGGUGAAAGUGAGAGGGAACAACUGAAGGUCGCCCUUAUGAAGUGUUGUGAAGGUUCUUCCGGUCCAGGUAGCUCGCUAAUCGUCACCAAAAAUGCAGUGGCGCAACUGAGACCUAAAGUUGUUUAUUCUGUUGGCUGCUGUGAGAGUCUUAAACCAGACACGGUGAGGUUAGGAGAUGUUGUGAUAUCCUCAAAGCUUUCUACAGAAGCCUUCAGAACUCCAGUGGGAAAAGAUAUUGGAAAACUCCUUCAGCAUUCAAGUGAUGGCUGGAAUCCACCAUUGAAAAUUCCAAACGCUCGUGAAGUAAAUGUGCACCGUGAUGGCGAGAUAUUGUGUGGAGUGGGUCCACCCAGUGCUAAACUGUCACGUGUGUCCAACUCAAAUGCGACUGCUGUUGAAUCAGAAGGAGAAGGUUGGCCUUACUUUUGCUUUAAAUCUGAUAAUAAUUUAUAUUAUUUGUCUACGGAUAUGUAUCAUUUGCAGCUCAAAUUCCAUUGUAGUCCUCAAUAUGUUUAACUUAGAGAAUGAGCAGCAACCGAUAUUUAUAGUUCAAGCAGUGAAGGUGGAAAAUUUUUCAACCCUUUUUUUUUGUUUUGCAGAAAAAGAAGGGGUUUCACCUUUUUGUGUUAAAAGUUGUGAUGACUUGCUUCAUAUGGGUAUCUUUAAAAUUUUAGAAAAACUUAAGAAUGACAAGAAUGUCCUUUGCGCAACAUUUCUCGUUCAUGGCAUAGAGGUAUAGUGAAAAAAAGGAGAUGAUCAAUUUGCGCGAAUUUGAAGAGAAAAUGUCACUUACUGCAAAGACUUCAUGUGAAGUUUUAUGUUAUAAAGUGCUCUGCAAUUAGAAAAAAUUUAAGGGAAAAGUAGUUUAUUUUCUUAUGCUGUCGUCUGAGGCUCACUAUUUGUUCACUAUUUGUUGUAGGUGUCUUUGUAGCAGCACAUGACAUGAAGAUUGAAUGGGUGAUCGUCAAAGGUGUUUCUCAAUUCGCCAAUGACCUCGACCCUCCUAAUAAUUUGUGGAAGUCGUUUGCCUGCACGAUGGCAGCUUCUCUUGUGUUCAACAUGUUAAAUGACCCACUCGUUUUUAAAAAUUGGCCUCACUUUGACAGUAAGUGUUCUUCUGCUUGGUUGACGGCGUUGCGAUGUAUAAACCCAGUAUGUCAACAACGGUUCGAAUCGUCGGAUAUGUUUUUACAAAAAGGGGUCCACAUUAUUGCCAUUUGUUCUGGUCACAGAAUGUGUGUGGGUUGCCCAAUGCACCCAAGCCAUCCUAAACGAAGGAUUCUCUGUUUUAACGUGACGCAAUAUAUGAUAUAAAAUGGUCUCGUAUAACGGAUAGCGUCUCCCUUAAGAUAGUAAUGGUGUAAGAAAUCGAUGUAUACGGAAAUUAAUACGGAACAGACACUUAAAUGUGAAUAACCGUACCAGCGAAUGUCAACACCCCGUUCCUCUGUCGAUGCUAAAACCUUGUUUACGGACCAGCAAGUUUAAACGGAAAUCCUGUAGCUAAUUCCAGGCAUCUGUAUAGUGGGGGAACAGUGGGUGCAGCGCAAUGAAAUUGAAAUAUAAGAGGAGAACUCCCCUUUAUUCUCCCCACUUUUGUAGCCGUAUGUCUCCCCACUCUCUAAACGCCUCUAACAAGCUAAGACAUCCAGUAAUAAUACAGACACCCGAACCAGCUAACGAAUAAAGAUCAGUACUCCAUGAUGUAAUUUUUCCUAGUUAUAUUACUGUAAAAACCAAACACAAAUAUAAAAAGGCGAAAAGGUGAAAUUCUGGAACUUCAAAUUUUGUAUCCAAUGGCAAGUUAUUUUCUAUUCUUAGACAACAUAAACGACAAUCAUGGGGAGGCAAGUAAGGAAUUAGGAAAGAUCGGAGGAAGGUUGAAUGUCAACUAUUCAUCAGGAAACACAACAAAGGGUAAGUUACAACCC